UGAAAAUAUCAGUAUCCUUCUUUUACAAGUGAGCGUCUUGAGAGCUAGGAUUGGACUGAUCAUUUCUUUAAGGUCUCUCAGUUAAGUGGCACAACUGACUUCAGAACAUAGUGACAGCAAUGUUCUAGUCUGGCAUUCUUUGCACUUAACAGUAGGAAGAAAAGAACAACAGGAGGGUUAGCAAGAAGAUAAAUCUAAUCUUCAUAUUAGUCUGCUGAAAUAGGUAUUAUUCCCAUUUUACAGUUGAGGAAACUGAAUCUCAAAGAAGAUCUGAAUCUGGCUUAUUGUUGUAUAUCUAGUAUGAGAGAUGCCUGACUUUCCACCAUUGCACAAAACUGAUUCCAUUCUUUUCUCUCACAUAAAUAUUUUUUUUAGUGGACAUUGCAAAAUUCACUUGAAAUUUUAUUGUUAUACGAGAAACAGCUCAGAACACUAAAACAUGAUCAAACAUAACCCUGGCUCUGCACCAUGAUGUGUUGGUAGUAUCGACACACUUUCACCAAAAAAAAAAAAAGUAGAUUGUUUCUGGAAUAAAGUGAAAGUAGGGAAUUAAAAGUAUUUAUCAAAACUGAAACAAAGCCAUGUUUUGUAAAGCACACAAAUAGCAGUGCCUUGGAUCAAAGAUGUGAUCUUACUUCAUAGUAAAACAGGUCCUGCAAGCCCAGGUAACUCAGGAAGCAGAGUGGUAAUUAUUCACAGAAGAAAGCAGGUAGUAUACUGUUACAAUACUACAGUAGAAAGUCAGAAGGUCACAAAGCGUGCAAGGUAGCUGACACAACCUGAAACUGCUUGGCCCCCUUUAAAAGAAAUACAAAAAUGGGAGAGAAUGAAGCAAGUUUACCUAACACAUCUUUGCAAGGUAAAAAGAUGGCUUAUCAGAAGGUCAGUGCAGAUCAAAGAGCCCCAGGACACUCACAUUUUUUAGAUAAUGAUGAUCUUCAAGCCACUGCCCUUGAUUUAGAAUGGGACAUGGAAAAGGAAUUGGAAGAGCCUGGUUUUGACCAGUUCCAACUAGAUAGUUCUGAGAAUCGAAACCUGGAGAAUUCAGAGACUGCAGACCUCAAUCUUGAGUCCAUUCAGCCAGCAACUUCACCCAAAGGAAGAUUCCAGAGACUUCAAGAAGAGUCUGAUUACGUUACCCGUUAUGCAAGAUCUGCACCAAAAAGCACCCCCUGCAGCUUUUGCCGCCUUUUAAAAAUACUUUGCACAGCUAUCAUUGUACUCAUUUUUGGAAUUUUGAUAGGCUAUUAUGCUCAUAAAGGCUGUCCUCCAGAUGCUACAUCUCCAGGAACACCUGAUUCUCAGUUAUACCAAGAGAUUCUUAAGACAAUCCAAGCAGAAGAUAUUAAGAAGUCUUUCAGAUAUUUGGUACAACUGUAUAAAAGUGAUGAUGACACAGACAUUUUGAAGACGAUUAAGACUCAGUGGACGUCUUUGGGCCUUGAAGAUGUACAGUUUGUAAAUUACUCUGUGCUGCUUAAUCUGCCAGGCGCCUCUCCUGGCUCUGUGAUGCUGAGCAGCAGCGGCCAAUGCUUUCAUCCUAAUGGCCAGGCUUGCAGUGAAGAAGCCAGAAAACACAGCAGCCAAGAUCUGCUCUACUCAUAUGCAGCCUAUUCUGCCAAAGGAACUCUCGAGGCUGAAGUCAUUGAUGUGAGCUAUGGAAAUGCAGAGGAUUUAAAAAGGAUUAAAAAAAUGAAAAAUACAAAGAAUCAGAUUGCAUUCCUGAAAUUAGGAAAAUUGCCACUACUUUAUAAGCUUUCCUUGUUGGAAAAGGCUGGAUUUGGAGGUGUACUUUUAUAUAUUGACCCUUGUGACUUACCAAAGACUGCAGAUAUUAGCCAAGAGACCUUCAUGGUGUCAUUGAAUCCAGGAGGAGACCCUUCUACACCUGGUUAUCCAAGUGCUGAUGGAAGCUUUAGACAAAACCGACCAAACCUCACCUCUCUGCUAGUGCAACCUAUAUCUGCAUCUCUCGCUGCAAAACUGAUAUCUCCAUCAAAAGACAGAAUAAAAAAUGGUGCCUGUGUCCCUCUAGAACUUCCAAAUAAUGAACAAAGAAUUGCCAAAUUGCAAGUUCAGACAGUUACACAGUUCAAAACUAUUACUAAUGUUGUUGGAUAUUUAAAGGGCUUGACAUCUCCAGACCGGUAUAUCAUAGUUGGCAGCCACCAUCACACUGCAUACAGCUAUAAUGGACAAGAAUGGGCCAGCAGCACUGCCAUAAUCACAGCUUUCAUCCAGGCUUUAAUGUUAAAAGUUAAGAAAGGGUGGAGACCAGACCGCACUAUCAUUUUCUGUUCCUGGGGAGGAACAACCUAUGGCAAUAUUGGCUCUUAUGAAUGGGGAGAGGAUUUCAAGAAAGUUCUGCAGAGAAAUGUUGUGGCUUAUGUUAGUCUCCAUAAUCCAAUAAGAGGCAACUCAGAUCUACAUUCUGUAGCUUCACCUUCUCUUCAGCAACUGGUAGCAGAGAAAAAUAACUUCAACUGUUCCAGAAGAACUCAGUGCAGAGAAACCAAUGUCAGUUCUGUGCAGAUACAAGGUGAUGCUGAUUAUUUCAUCAACCAUCUUGGAGUCCCCACUGUGCAGUUUGCUUAUGAGGACAUCAAAGCACUAAAGGGUCCAAGUUUUCUUUCUGAGGCCUUUUUCCCUAAAAAUGCAACAAACAUUGAAGAAAUCGAUCCUUUUUUCAACCUUCAUGAAACCAUUACUAAGCUCUCAGGAGAAGUGGUUUUGCAAAUUGCCAAUGAACCAGUUCUGCCCUUCAAUGCUCUUGAUAUAGCUUUAGAAGUUCAAAACAAACUUAAAGGUGAUCAGCCCAACACUCAUCAACUGCUAGCCCUGUCAUCCCACCUUCGGGAAAGUGCUGGACUCUUCCAGUCAGACGAGAUGCGUCCUGCCAAUGACCCCAAGGAGCGGGUUCCCAUCCGUGUUCGAAUGCUCAAUGACAUUCUCCAAGACAUGGAGAAAAGCUUCCUGGUACAGCAGGUGCCGCCAGGUUUUUAUAGAAAUAUCCUGUAUCACCUUGAUGAGAAGACAAGCCAGUUUUCCAUACUGCUGGAGGCUUGGGAGCACUGCAAAUCUCUUGCAUCAAAUGAAACCCUUCAAGAAGCCCUGUCAGAGGUGUUGAACAGCAUUAAUUCAGCUCAGGUUUACUUCAAAGCAGGACUUGAUGUGUUUGAGAGUGUCUUGGAUGGAAAGAACUGAGAAAACUCUCAGCAUUUUAAAAAGUUUGUUUACAAUUCCUCAAGCAAAAAACUCUAAUCUGACCAGCUUUUCUAAAAUUGAAGACUUUUUUCCCCAAUGGCUUUUUUUUUUUUUAGAAAACUAAAGCUAUUGUUACUGUGUAUUUUUAAUGUACAUAUAGGAAGAGCAUUUUGCACAUUUAAUAUUUUUCUUAUAUUUGCAUAUAUGAUUAUGUUAAAACAAGUUAUUGAAAUGAUACUUGAGAUUUAUCUAUUGAAAGAAAUCUGAUAUAUAUAAAUAAAUAUUUGGGGGGGGUGUUCCAAGUAUUUUUGGACAAUCUUUGCUUCUAUGGAUAAAACACAGGAACAGCUGCCAUUCCCCAUAUUAGAGCUAUUAAUGACCUAGUUUCCAUAAUGGAAGCAGAGAUUUGAUAUGGUUUCAGAUUACUUUCACUAUUAAGUAUUCAAUAUGAAGAAUUGGUGUACUCUGAGUGAUUGGUUGACCAAAACCUCUUUGAAUGUUUCUAUUUUAUGACAUGAAGUGCCUGUUCUUAACAAAACUAGAUGUAGUAAUACACUGGUUAUAAAAUUGUAUUUUUUUAAGUAUUAAUGAAAAAAAAAGAGCCAUAAACAUUCCAGGGGAAAAUCUCAAGGUAGCUGCACAGAGCAAUUUAAAUGCAAAUUUUUUCCUAACAACUUAUAAGGUGACUAGGUUUGAAACCCCUAAUUUGCCUCAGUUGAUUUUGUAGAAAUUUCAGGAGUGAUGUAUGUCUUAUGAGGGAGAAAAUAUUUAUUUCUUCCUGUAUUGUUUCUGUGGAAAAAAUGAAACAGAACUACUCUAAAAUGAAAGCAUAUCACAUUAUUCUUCCUUCUUGUAUCUUUGCUGAAGUUCCUUGCUGUAAGGCAGUUUUCAUGGAAUACUAAAUAUAAUUUCCACACGAAAGUAGCAAAGCUUCUCUUUGAAACUCAAAAUAUCUUAAAAAGCAUCAAAUUGCUAUUUCUGCCACUGACAAAAAGUACAUUCUAUGAACGAAAUUGUUUUGAUCAAUGAAAAACUCCUUAAAUCUGUGAUAUUUGAUAUUUUUUUGAUAUUUUUUUCUUAAUCCUUAGUUGUGCCUUAGAUGAAAAUGCAGAAGUCAUACCUCUAAUUUUAUGUGGAAAAUACAGUGCUACUCUCUAAGAGUGUGUUGUUCUUAUGCUUCACUGUUUCUCUCAAAUGAAGUUUUUCAUAUUGACAUUAUUGUUGAAUGGCUAUAGCAUCCAGUAUUCCCAGAAACCCCAGCAUUCUGUCUAUUAGGUGACAGCUGAAACUUUUAGCUUACCUUAAGAAAUUGAUUUCAGAAAAGUUCUUCUUGUCUUGGAUAAAGCAAUUCCCUUUAGAAAACAUAUCCUAAGAAUAUUUCAUGUGAAUUUUCUCUACCUAAAACAACACUCACACCACUUCCCAUUUUGCAUUGCCAGAGUCUUCACUUUUUAUGGAUGAGCAUAACCCUAAUCUCAGUUUAAAGGAAAGCUAAAGUUGAGGGGAAAGAAUUCAUCAGUAUCGAUUAAUUGAUUUAUAAGGGUCAACUCUUCCUACCAUAAGUAAUGCUUAUAUGCUCAAGGCAAGGGAGAUACUGGAGGUAAUUAGCUAGAUAAUUCAAGCAGAAAUCCAUUUUCAUCUGAAUUUCUGUGUGCACAUAUUUUCAUUUGAAAAAUGAAACUACCUUACUUUUUUAACCAAUCAUUUUAACCAAUGUACUUUUUUGUUUGAAAAUGUUUAUAUGUUUGAGACUGUUUAGAGAAGAGUGUUAAAUGGACCAGACACCUGCUGCCUCAAUAUCAAACUGUCUUUCCAGAAAUCACACCAGAAGAGAGGUGGAACAUGUAGACAUGGGACAGACCAAAUAAUAAAAUUCUUUAUACCAAAGGAACUUAAAUGUUUUCAUCGAGAUUCUUCAUUUGGAGUUGAAUGAAAAACAAAUAUAAUAGUUUAUCAUUUUGAAACAAAAUUCUAAGUAAUUUACUCCCUUAAUCUCUAAUAGCAUUGACAGCAGAAAAUAUUUUGUUUAUAUGUUUGUUGAAAGGUUGUAUAGCCAGGUAAACUACAUUGCACAUAUAAAGGUUUUAAUAUUCUGUUUUCUUCACUUCUAAAUUACAUGGUUUUGCUAUUUAGAAAUUGAAGAUGACUAUGGGCUACCAUUUUUAUUAGACUAUUUAGGAGAUUAUAUGAAGAAACUAAACAGUAUAGAUGCUGUUCUAUGUCCUUGCCUGGAACAAACCUCUUACUUGGGUGUAUUACAGCUAUGGUUUGAUUACCUCAUGCUUUCUCCAUAUUUAUAUCAUUUCAAUUUUUCCCCAAUAGUAAAUAAAUAUCUUAAGCAUUUUAAUAAUAAGUGUUUUGGGUUAUUGGUAGUAGUUUCAGAGUGCUGCUGAAGGAUGAUAUUUCUCAUCCUUCAUAGGAUUGUGCCAGGCCAUAACAAAUCAUACAUGAUUAGUCUUCUAAGAAAGUGUGGCAAAUGUAUAUCCCUGAAAUUUGGAUUCAGGCAGGGAACACAUAGGAUAUUGCCCUUUGUGGAAAUGUGUAUAUUUCAGAGUCAAAAGGAAAAUUAUGCGGCUUUUUGGUCUAAGCCAUAAGAUUUAGGAUAUUGCCUUCAGCCAGGGAAAGCAUAAUCAACUCCAUCGAUAAGAGUCACUGAAGCCAAAGUGAUUAAGGAACUUGAACAUAGUCACACAUUUGGUUAACAGUAAAAGCAAAACUGGAAUCUAAGCUGCUCGGCUUUCUCAUGAAGUAUAUCUAGCUCUCCCUGAGGUGAUAGGGUUAUAAAUGAUCUUUUCUGGUGCCUUCUUAUAACCAGCCAUUCUAUCAGAUGUUGUAUGGACUGGAAUAACUGCUUGUAAUGAAGGACUAGUUCAUUCUGAUUGAUUUUUAAAUUACAUAAAUUUUAGCAUGCAGUAGGUUUCCCAAUUGCAAAGAAAGGUAUUUCAAAAAUAAAUUGUUACCUUCUGACUAAUGAUGAAUCAGCAUCUUUGCCUCAAAAGCCGUAAUUAUUUGCACAGUAAAUUGGCAGACCUAGCCAAAAAACCUUCUCAUGAGACAUUCUGUAAUAUGUAAUUAAUUACUCAAAAUAUUAAGCUAUCUCUGAGGGUAGCACAUUGUUAUCUCAUUGGUUUAUAGGAUCAAAGGCUAUUUAAAUAUGACUUAGAUGAACAUUUCCUUAAUAGAAAAGAAUUAUUUUAAAUUUCCAACCUUGGUGGAGUGGAAGGUAAAUGGGUCCACCUAUUCCAAUAAAAAUGUCAAAAAUAUAAGAGUUUCAUCACAGGUGCAUUGAUACAACGUAGGGGAAAAAACAAACAAUGUGAUAUUUGAGAAAAGAAAGAUUCUGCCCCCAGCACUAGUGACUCAGUAUUUCUGGCAUGAAUUUAAAUAGCUAGUUUUUAAAAGUUUCAUUAGAAUCUACUAUUCUGAAAGAUCUUUAAAAAAAAGUGUAGCAGACUAUGCAUCACAUUAAGUGCUACUAAUUUUCAGUUAAGGGUGACUAAUUCAUGCAAUGCCGACUUUCAAAUGGCAAGAAUUUGAAAGUGUUGCAAAAGAAGAUUUUAAAAUGUACACUUUUCUCACCAACACCAUGUUCACUCAAUUUUCUUGUUCAAGUUAUUAUUCUCCAGUUAUUAUGGGGUUACGCAUUUCUUUGACUCUGAGGAAUAAUUUUAAGAUCUAUUCAUUUCAAUAUAUAUUUACCUGUUAAUCAACCAAAGAUUUUUUUCCAUAAUACUUUUCCAUUAUCCUUCAAGAAGUGCCUUUAGCAUACCUGGGACUGCCAAGAGUCUUGAGACCUUGCUUAUUGAGGUGACAUAUUUCAUAAAGACAUUUAUAAUCUCAUAUUCAGAUUGUAUCUGAAUUUACAAAGCAAAGGAUUAAAUUGAGGAUGUUUCAUACAGCAUUCCAGAUAGAGAAAUUGCUUCAAAUUUUAAUGUGUUUCUGUGAAGAUUCUUUUGUACUUGAAUCACACAAUUUUUUUUUUUCUGUAACCCAAAUGGUAAUUUUGAUGUUUUCUGCCAAAUCCAAUCAUUGAGGCCAAAGAAAUGCAUGGCUAUCCUAAUUUCUUAAGCAGGAUUCUGUCAAGAAUUAACUCAGGAGAUGUUGAUUCAUUGCCUACAUCUAGACAAAGCUUUAAUGAGUAUAGACAGAGACUAACAGUAUUCUGUCUAAUUCUUUUGAUGUCUUAAGCCAAUAAGAAUCAAGGUAGAUUUUCUCAUAGGGAAAUAGAUUUUAUUUUCCAGGGGCUAAUUAACAUGCACCACCUCAGUCCCCAAAGGACCACACAGGUGACUGCACUGUGCCAUAUGUCAUGUGCUGUAUCUCAGCAAGCUCAAGAGAUUAAUAUGCAGUCAUUAUUAUGAAUUAUUAUGUUGCAUUCUAGUUAAUGUUGGUCUUUUGUUCUGAUUAAAGUACAAAUGUGGCAUUUGAAUAGAGGCUUAGUGGAGUUACUCUCUAUUUUUUUU